GAGUAUCUCCGCAGUUGCAAGGGAGGGAGACACCCCCUUCCCACCGCCGCGAUUUCGGAUCUCCUCUCUCUCUAUUCUUUAUGAUCCUCCGCCCCCCAACCUUCCCCCCGCCUUCCUGCCUCCCCCUCCUCUCCCUCCUCUCCCCUCAGCAUCAGAUCCCCAUCACCAGCAGCUUCCUCCUGCCCCUUCCUGUGUCCUUGCAAUACCAAGCCGGUCUGCAACCUAUUGCAUUUUUUAAUUUUUUAUUUAUUUUGGGGGACUGGUCGCUAAUAAUUAUUGCAAUGAUUCAAUAAAUCACGAGGGGAGUCUCCGGAUUUCGCAGGCACGAUCCGUUCGCUUCUGAACCGGAAGCACCAGGUGAUCAAGAGGGCGAGAAAGAGGGGGAAAUGUAGGGAAUGGGAGAAAGGAAAGCGAGCGACUUCGGAUCGGGUUCGGCUUUCUGGACCCCCCGUCCCCCUCCCCGUUGACACGCCCGGGAGCCAGAGAAGAUGCCGCUGCAGGAGACGCGAACACGCCCCACCAUGCAACAGUAAUCCAAGACUAGAGGCUACCUUGCAGCCAGGAAAAGGGGCAAAGCAAUCUGCGGACUCUUCUGGAUCUCAGAGACGACAUGCAAGAAAAUUACGAGAAUGUGAUCUCUUUGGCAGAAGAAAUUGCAAUCAGCUGGCCCCGGAUAACUGCUUUUGCCGAAUCUCACAGGAGAAGAGGAUUGGCACCUGUUUCCUUUCCCAGGCCCGAGGAGUUACUGGAUUCUCUCGUCGCUCCAACAGACGAUGGGAUGAUGAGUGACAAUGGGAAUGAGGAAGAGGAGGAAGAAGAGGAAGGGGAGGUGAGGACACAGCAGGACGGAGGAGGAACAAGAGGAGAAGGUGGUGAAGGGAACAUUGUGGUGGAAAAAGUAGAUGCCCAGCACGACCCUCUACCGAAGAAAUCAAAGGAGAAAGCUAGCGAUGAAGGCCAGGGCCAGAAAGCCUUGGAGGAGCAGCCAAAGAAGCCCUUGGGGAAGAAACAGGGCAGCAAGCCAGUCGCUCACCGUGGCUUCAAGAAGCUCACCCCUCGAGGCCACCAUGGACUGCUCAGCCAUGCUGGGCGGUGCCUUGAUUGCGGGAAGGGCUUUGGCUUUGGUAAGCGCUCACGGUUGCACAGUGGCCCUGGCAUGGAGAAACCCUACAAGUGCAAUGAGUGUGGCAAGUGUUUCCGCCUCAACUCCACCCUGGUGACCCACCAGAGGCGCCACACCAGCACCAAGCCUUACCGCUGUGCCGAAUGCGGCAAGAGCUUCAGCGUUGGCUCAGCCUUCAUCCAGCAUCAGCGCAGCCACGUGGGCAAGAAGACGGGUGCAAGCCCGGCUCGGCCCUGCGAGUGUAACGUUUGCGGCAAGAGCUUCGGCCUCCCUGCCCACCUUAUCAAACACCAGAAGCAGCACCUGGAGGAGAAGCCCUACAAGUGCACCGAGUGUGGCAAGGGCUUCAACUGGAACUCGCACUUGGAACGCCACCGGCGCAUCCACACUGGCGAGAAGCCCUAUGUAUGCGAGGACUGUGGCCGGGCUUUUGCCUGGAGUUCCCACCUUGACCGCCACCGGCGCAUCCACUUCGGCAGCGUUCAAGCUUCCCCUUGCAAGUGCUGCAUGGCCGCCGCAACGACACCAGCCAGUAAAGCCAGCACCAAACCCUACCAAUGUAGCGAAUGCGGCAAAGGGUUUAACAAGAACGCAGCGCUGUCCAAGCACCGUCGAGCUCACCACGCUGCAGAGAAACCCUAUGUUUGUGAGGACUGCGGCAAGAGCUUUGGGCUAAACGGUGCUCUGCUGCAGCACCGGCGUACUCGCCACCCUGAUGUCUCUGCCAAGCCCUACACCUGUAGUGACUGUGGGAAGAGCUUUGCCUGGAGCUCCCAUCUGGACCGACACCAGCGCAUCCAUGCUGGAGACAAGCCCUUUCACUGUGAUGACUGUGGCAAGGGUUUUUCACAGAGCUCUCACUUGGAGCGGCACCAACGUGUGCACAGGAGUGCUGAGCACCCACCCUGUCGCUGCAUGGACUGUGGGUUCUUGGGAGCCCGGCGGAAGCGGCGGCGUGGGACCUUACUACCCUGCAAGUGCACUGACUGUGGCAAGAGUUUCCUCUGGCGGCGCCCGGCUUGCAGCGAGUGUGGGAGGGGCGGGGGGGAAGGCGUGCGACACCAAGGCACUCAGACUGGCGAGAAGCCCUAUUCCUGUAUAGACUGUGGCAAGUGCUUUGCCCAGAAUUCAGCAUUAGCCAAGCACCGCCGCAUGCACACGGGCGAGAAGCCAUACAAGUGCAACGAGUGUGGCAAAAGUUUCAGCGUGCGCUCCAACCUGCUGAAGCACCAGCGCACCCACCUGGGCGAGAAGCCCUACAAGUGCAGCGACUGUGGCAAGGGCUUCAUUCAGAAGUCCGACCUCACCAAACACCACCGCAUGCACACUGGCGAGAAGCCGUACCGCUGCGACGCCUGUGGCAAGUGCUUCAGCGUCAGCUCCAACCUCAUCAAGCACCAACGCAUCCACUUGGGCGAGAAGCCCUACGUGUGCGCGGACUGCGGAAAGGCUUUCAUCCAGCGCUCGGAGCUCACCAUCCACCAGCGCACCCACACUGGAGAGAAGCCCUACAAGUGCAGCAUCUGUGGCAAAUGCUUUAGCCGCAGCUCCCACCUCAACCGCCACCAGCGCACCCACAGCAAUGACAAGGCUUCUACUGGCACGGCCCCUGCCUCACUGCUUGCUACUGACACUGCCAAGCCUGCUGCUCCUCUCCCCACCUCUGCCUUCUCGGCCUCUUUCACUUCACCAAGCCCCCUCCCCACACUGUCUUCCUUCCCUUCUUCUCCCUCCCCGCUCCACAUCCCUUCUCUGGAGCUACCCUGGGCCUUGCCUUUCCCAACCCGAGGCUUCCAGCACCCGUCCUUCCCUUCGCCUGCUCCUUCUGGUGCCCAGACCUCAUCCUUAAUAAACUAGCCCUUUCCCCUUCUCUUCCCAUCCCGUUCCACUUCUCAUAUAGCAAAUAGGGUUGCCAACAGGCCUGGAGAAAAAGGCCUUGUCUUUUUUUUUAACAGAGGCUUAAUGUGUGGAAAUGCACAGCUUUUUCAAGCAUGGAGGUGAAUAAACAUAACCUGGCACAUACCAAUCCCACUGUGUGUGUGGUAAGUGCCGUCAAGUCCCUUCUGACUUACGGUGACCCUACAAAUCAGUGUUCUCUGAAACAUCCUAUGGUUAACAGGUUUGCAAAUUUAGGCGGUCGUUUCCUUUAUAGAGUCAAUCCACUUCAUAGUGGGUCAUCUUUUCCUGUAGCCUUCAACUUUUCUUAGUGUUAUUGUCAUUUCCAGUAACAAUUCCAUUAAGCCCCUAUUAAAGAAUCAGGAUUUCCCUCUUUCCCGCCCAGGAAGUUGGCAACCCUGUCUGCAAAGUCCACACUCUGCAAAGUCCAGCCCCGCAGCCUGGUUGGUUGCCCUUCUAGUUGUUCUGCCACUGCCACUGCCUCCUUUCCAUUAUUGCUCCAUGCCUUGUGUUGCAAGUCUCAGCAGACAAACAUUUUCUGCUUCUUUUCUAAGAGGGAAAACUUUUCUCUGGGCAGAAAUUGUUCGGUCUGUGGAAAUGCUCCUUGGAUCCUUUGUAAGGGAGACCAGUUCUGCAGACAAUUAACAGUGCGCAACUGUUACAACAGUUACAGUCUAAGCCUAUUGAAACCAGUUGUAGUAACUCUGUUUAGGAUUGCAUUCUUAGUUUUUUCACUUUUUCUGCCCUUUCUUAAGCAGCCUGUCUUACUAUUCUUCCACUUGUCUUCAGCAAUGCUCCCCAUGGCUCCCUGCUGUCAUUACUUUACCACCUUGGCCAGAUCCUCCCAGCCAGACUAUCUCUUCCAUGUUUUCCUUCUCCAACUUCUGUCAAUCCACCAUGUUUUCCUUCUUCAACUUCUGUCAAACUUACCAUCUGCGUCCUUACUCCUUUCCACAACUCUGUUGCUGCAGUUCAGCACAACUUCUGUGUUUUGCCGUUAUGUUCCUGUUUGGACCUUUGGUUUGAUCCACAGAGCGACUUUAAUGGUUAAGAAGCCAAUUCAAAUAUUUAACAAGUUAUGUAAGGUACAACCUUCCUUUGGCUUAAUAUCAAAAUCUCCAUAGAGGAUUCUUUAAGGAAGAGUUUCUAUUUGGUUAUGCAAAGGAGGGGGGGAUGGAUCACAUAUUGCAGCCCACUCCUGUGCUAAAAUGAAUUUGAACACUUAGUAUUGGUUUGUUGAAGAGAAAACUUAUACUUAUAAAACUUAUCCCCAAACCAUAUCCCCAAUAUAUUAGUAUUCCUAAUAUGGCGAGAUUUUGACACAGGGUACUUUUGAAUGGGUGAUUUUCCCCUGUGUGCAUGUCUGAGAGAGGUACAAUUCCUCAAGUACUCAAGCAUGAUCCUUGGCUAAACGUUUGAAUUGGCUUUCCUUAAGUACAUAAAAAUCCUGCUGGAUCAGCCCAAAGAUCCACGGAAUCCAACAUCCUGUAUUCCAGAAGGGUCAGUCAGAUACUACUAGAUCUCCUAGUAGAUCAGUGCACAGAGUACCCUUGUUGUUGCCUGUGAGCACUUGGUAUUCAGAGAUAUAUUGCCUCUGAAGAUGGAGUUUCCAUUUAGCUAAUAGUCACUUUUGGCUCUGUCUUCCCUGGAUUUGUUUGGUCCCUUUAAACAUCAUCUAAGUUUGUAGAUACCUUGUGCCGUUCUUAGCCUGCAUCUCUGAUAUCAUCUGACGUUUACCUUCUCCCCACUUCUAGUCUUGUAGAGUCUGUUCUUCAGCUGCUGGGCCUGAAGUCUCAUAGAAUCAUAGAGCUGGAAGAGAUCACAAGAGCCAUCCAGUCCAAACCUCUGCCAUGCAGGAAUACACAAUCAAAGCACCCCCAGAGAUGACCA